GGAAGAAAAGUAAGGGAGAAUCUCAUAUUAGUAGCCAAAUUCGUUUUCUUUCUUCCAUUACAGCCCAAUACCCCCUCCCUCCCCUCUCUCUCUCUCUCUCUUUCUCUCUGGCAGAGAGAAGAAAAAGAAGAAUACCGCGUCUGGUUAAUUAGAUUACAAGAAUUUUAACCAAAAACGCGUUGAGUUUUCCUUUCUCUCCUUUCUGCUUCCACGUAUUAUCCCUCAAAUUUUCUAGGACUGUCCCUAUCUGGGUUCUUCUACUUUUCUUUUCGAUGCCAAUGGAAAGUGAAGUUCAAUAAACUCCAUUGAAGGGCAUCCCUGUUAUUACAUUGUUUUCGCUGUCAAGAACUCAUAGUCAAGAGUUUCUUGGAGAAAGAAGGGGUUGAUAAUGCAGAUUCUUUCCCGGCUGUACGCCACCAUUUUAAUCCUCCUAUUGGUGUCUCUGGUUCUUCCGCCAUUUUGCCUCGGGAUUCGCUCCAUCCCGACGGUCUCCGUCGACGGCGGGGCCGACGGGUUCGACUCUCGAUUCGCUGAGGCGCCGGACUACCGUAACGGGGCGGAGUGUCCACGGCCGACAAAUCGGGAUUUUGCAUCUUCCUGCGACACGUCGCUGGUCCACAUCGCCAUGACCCUCGAUUCUGAAUAUCUCCGUGGCUCCAUCGCAGCAGUCCACUCGGUCCUGCGCCACGCGUCGUGCCCAGAAGAUAUUUUCUUCCACUUCAUCGCUGCCGAGUUCGACCCAGCGAGCCCUCGGGUUCUGAGUCAACUCGUUCGAUCCACGUUCCCUUCCCUCAACUUCAAGGUCUACAUAUUUAGGGAGGACACCGUCAUCAACCUCAUCUCGUCAUCCAUCCGUCAAGCCCUGGAGAACCCGCUGAACUACGCUAGAAACUAUCUCGGAGACAUCCUUGAUUUCUGCGUCGAGCGAGUUAUUUACCUUGACUCAGACCUGAUCGUGGUAGACGACAUUCACAAACUGUGGAACACGACGUUAAGUGGGUCGCGAGUAAUCGGUGCGCCCGAGUACUGUCACGCCAACUUCACAAAGUACUUCACCUUUAAUUUCUGGUCAGACCCGGCAUUGACCCGGGUAUUUUCUUCUAGAAACCCUUGUUAUUUCAACACGGGGGUGAUGGUGAUGGAUUUGGUGAGGUGGAGAGAAGGGAGUUACAGGAAGAGGAUAGAGAACUGGAUGGAAAUUCAGAGAAAGAGGAGGAUUUACGAGUUGGGUUCUCUGCCUCCAUUCUUAUUGGAGUUUGCGGGUAAUGUGGAAGCCAUUGGUCAUGAAUGGAACCAGCAUGGACUGGGUGGGGAUAAUGUGAGGGGAAGUUGCAGACUGCUGCACCCUGGUCCGGUGAGUUUGCUGCAUUGGAGUGGGAAAGGGAAGCCAUGGGUGAGACUGGAUGCUAAGAAGCCAUGUCCAUUGGAUCAUCUUUGGAAGCCUUACGAUCUUUACAAGCCAAAUAGCAAGAGAGUGAAGGAUCAGUCACCGGGUUAUAUUUCACCUUCUUCCUCAUUGAAGAUUGAGCAUUACAGUUACUUGUGAGAAUGAUUCUUUCUUGUUGGGUUCAUCUCUUUUGUUGUUACAUUGUUGCAGAGAUUCUUUGAUAGGUAUUGUACAGAUUUUAUUAGAGACCAGAAGGGGGAAAGAUUAAUGGGUUGAGGACGAUGGGAUUUUUUUGUUUUUUUUUUUUUGUUAUUGAAAUUUUCUUCUGAUGAUUUCGUUCUCUGUAUUUUGUUUCCACAUAUAAGAUUUCAAUUGUUGGUUGGAGGGUUCCAAUUCCUUGGAACAAUUUUGGUGGGUUUGAUUUCUUUGUAUGUAAAUUUGGAUGAUGGAGAGGAAUAACAAAUAGUUGUUCUUUUGUUUUUUUCCA